GAGCCGGUCAGUGAGAUGAGUGAUACAGAGCACCCGUUUAUUUAUUUGAGCAUUAAUGGAUGUGCACCACAGGCAGGUUUUUCCAUUUUGAGCAUCAGGACUUUGCUGGAGAAAGUAGUGGCCAGCUCAUAAAACGCACCUCUGUCUCCAUCUGAAUUUCCUUCAUGACUCAGAAGUACAAUGACAUCAUCGAUGCAGAUUUCAAACCUCACACAGGAGUGGGUGGAGAUCCUGCAGAAGUGGCACCUGGAUUUUUUUUUCAUCCCUACAAUAGUCAUUACUCUUGCCACCUUGCUGGCCAGUCCUGUCCUCCUGGUGUGCAUUUUCCUGUCCCGUGCCUUGCGUCAGGAGACUCGUUACCUGCUACUGGCCAACACCCUGGUCUCCGACCUGUUUUUGAUCCUUCUUAACCUGACCAUAUUGAUUUGUAAUGCUGUGAGAGUGCCGAUGCCCUGGUUGGUUUGUGAGCUGGUCACAGCUCUCACUGUCACCACUUACUGCUGUGCCAUCUUCUCAGUCACUCUCAUGGUGGUCGACACCUAUGCUGCUGUUCGUUGGCCUCUCCGCUACCGUGACAUUAUUCCACCUUCCCUAACUUACUGCGUACUGGUAGUGGUGUGGGUGUUGGCAGCCGUAUACCCUUUCACAAUAAUGAUCAAGAUGCAGGUAGCGAAUGGGAAUUCCCAUGAAAGGAUAGUUGUGUGUCUGGUUCUCCUCUCCUUCGGUUUCAUUCAGGCCAAGAACACGACUAGGAUCUACAUCUACUUCUUUGUAGGUGUACUCAUCUGUUUACUGCUUAUUUCUUACUGCUACAUUCGGCUAUACAUGGUAACAAGGACACAGGGAAUCUGGGACAGUCGCUUCUCCAGGGCCAGGGUCACUCUGCUGGCCCACGGGGUUCUGCUCCUACUCUACUUUGCCCCCGGUGUCAUUUUUACCCUGGAGCUCUUUCUGUUCCAGAAAGAAAUAAGUCGGGAUGUUCGCGUGUGGAUCUCCACAGUCAAUAUGUGCGUUUUUAUGUUACUGCCCAGGGCAUUUGCUCCUUACCUGUAUGGGCUCAGGUACAGGGAGGUCUCAGACACUUUAAUGCUGUUGCUGCUGCAUCGGCACAGGUAACACAUAAAGAGCUGCCAUGUUUUUAAUGAUUUCUAAGUAGCCCUCUAUGAAAAAUAAUUGCUACUGCAAGGGCAAAACCAGAUUUUUAUCAGUAUAGUGUCUGCAUAUUUUAUCACAAUGCUAAGAAUCAAAUUCAAAUUCUCAUAAAGAAAUGCCACAGUUUAUGUUUGCCGACAGAUUUUAGAGAAUCCAGAACUCAAACUCUUCCUCAAACACCCGAUGUCCCGAAGGACAUGUCCUCUGUGUUCUAGUUAUAUUGGUAAUGCAACAUCACAGAUGUUUUGUUUAAAGCACUUAGCUUUCCUUCUAUUUCCUCUUUUUAUGUUUUGGACUGAGAGCUCUAUUACUGUUCUGUGGUUCCCAAUAAGAAGAUGCUGAACUCCUCUGCUUUAAAUGUAAUAUCUAACA